AAUUGUGUACAAAAAUCAACAUCAUUCUGCUACCACCUAUAUUCGAAGUUAUUUACCUCCCACCCACUAAUACGUCUCCCAUAAAUUAUGGUCAAUUUUUCACAUAUUCCCUCAAAUUUCCCUGAAAUCGAGAUACAGGUUUUCGACCCAGAUGCGUGUUAUUUACCAACAAUGUCUUUGCCAGUCCAACCAGAAGCUUCGCUUCUGCUCAUGAAUUGCAUCAAUCAUGUCGUGGCACCAUUUCUGACCAACAACACUUUAAUUAUCGUGAUCGAUCUGGAUGCGAAAUUUUCUAUACAGGAACCGGUAAUCCUCUACAAUAUGGAACGGGAGGCAAAGCAUUUUUUUUUAGUGAAAGCGGAUAUUUAUGUAUUAGAUGUUAGACGCAGAUCGUUGAACAGUACGUUGAUGGUUUUGGAAAAACAUACGUAUUUCAAUCCGAGAGCCACUUUCGUGAUUAUUGCAGAGAAGUUCGUGGAUGAUUAUUUGGAUGUCUUGAAGAUGUUUUUUCUCAAAAGAACCAUAAUUUUCGAGCUAGUUUCACCAGGUCGGAUUCGUGUGUAUUCUUAUGGACUGUUUAAAAGAAGGCAAGGGGAAUUGAAGAUCAAUAUUAGAAUGAGUCGGGGUGAAUGUGGAGAGGAUGCUAUUGAAAAUUUUAGAUUCCGGUCGAUUCACGAUGGGAAAGAAAGAUUGCCAGUCAUAAAAGUUGGAGCAGGGGUUAACGUACCUUCUAUAAUCCUGACGGAAGGUUCGUCCAUCUCCGGAGUGGAUAUGGAGAUCCUGAAUAUAAUUUCCGAGAAUUUGGAUUUCGAGACCGAAGUUAAAAUAGUGGAGGCGUUCGCUGGGACCAAAAACGCGAAGGAUUUCACAUUCAACGGCUCCUUGGGUUAUCUGGACAGGAGAGAAGUGGACCUGGUGAUCGGAGGCGUGUUGCCUACCAGCGAAGGCUCGAUGAGCUUCGAUUUCACACAAGCAACCUCUGCCAACAGGUACGCCUGGAUAGUACCAUCCGCCAAAGUGCGUCCCUUCUGGAAAAGGUUGAUGUUCACUUUCAGCCUCCAAGUUUGGUCAACGUUUGGCGGAAUUUUCAUUCUCGUGCUUGCCAUCCUAUCCUCGGCCAAUAGGUGCAUCAAGAAGGGGCGAUGUUCAUGGGACCAGGAGCUGUUGAAGCUGUACUCCAUGUGUCUCACUUCGGUGUCAGUGAGGAGUUCCGAGAUCCGAUCCAAGAAGGUAUUGUACACGUCUUGGUACAUAUUCCUGUUGAUCUUCGUGAAUUACUUCACGGCCAAGCUGCUCUCCAAUUUGAUGGUGACCAAGUUCGAGCACCAGAUAGAGACGUUGGAGGAAUUGAUGAAUGGCGACUGGAAGAUUUGCAUAUUUUCCGAUUUGACCAAGGAUAUAGGCGACUAUGAGUACAGGGCAAUGAUGUCUUGCACCAACUGCGCCACGUGCACCAACAGAACGGCCUAUGAGGGCGAUGUCGUUUCCAUAAGGAGCGAAAAGUUGACCUUGUACGAAAUGGGUAGGUUCUACACCAGCGAAGAUCGUGUACCGUUGGUGUUCAUCUUGAAUCAGUACUAUCUGGUCACUUACGAUGUUAUGGUGUUCCGUAAGAACCACCCGCUGUAUGGCAGGUUCAACACGGUGCUGGGGUAUUUGAUAGAAUCCGGCGUUUACGACCGUAUCAAGAAAAAGUAUUCCUCGCCAGAGGUUGAUCGUGGUAAGCGUAGCCGUCCUUGGACAAGGCUAAAGAGGGAAACGCUUUCCUUCACCUUUGAGUUUCUCGGCUAUGGUUGGGCUUUGAGCUUCCUCAUUUUCGUAGCCGAAUUUGCUGUUGGAAAGGUUUUCGAUAGAAAUCUCUUGUUUAAAGGUUGA